CCGCGUUGCACGAGACUUCCGGCGGCGUCCUCGUUGGGGCCUUGUUGCCUCCGCCUGAGUUGUGCUUAGCUUCGCAGGCACAUCGGAGCCUGUCAGCAUACUCGAGGCUGGAGCAGAGCGAGUGGGGGAGAGCCUUCCUCCCCGCGCUGCCCAGAAGUAGAGUCGAGGGUGGGCGUGGGGGUGCGUCGGGGGGCGGUGCGGCGGAGCACAGUUAAGCCCUCGGAACCCUCCCUGAUUCCCCACCUUGCGUGGCCGGGGGACCCUGCGCAGGGCACCAUGGCGGCCCUGGCGGCAGAGACCUACCUGGCACCGGCACCAGUGACCCUCAAGGAUGUGGUUGUGACCUUCACCCAGCAGGAGUGGAAAUUACUGGACCUGACUCAGAGGACCCUGUACCAGGAGGUGGUGCUGGAGACCUCCAGGCUCCUGGUCUCACUGGGGUAUCCCAUUUCCAAAACAGAACUGACCUGCCUGUUGCAUCCUGGACGAGAGCUACGGAUGGUGAAGAGAGCUCUUUCCCCAAGCACUUCCUCAGAUGACAAAGCGAAAACCAAGACCACAGAGACUACUGCUUCUCAGCAAGCCUUGAUCAAGGGACACUUACUUCAGAGGUCACUGACUCAGGAAGUCUGCUGUGUUUCUCCGUUGGGGCAAGCUCGGGAACUGGAAGGCGUGUCAGAAAAGCAGGGAGGGCAUUUGAAGACAGGAACAGUCCUUCGCAAGGAAACCCUCCCUGGAAACAGGAUCCCUGAAUGUGGUGAUCUGGGGAGAGGCGAUAGUUUGGGCUCAAAAGAUUUACAAGAUCAAGUCUCCUCAGGAGAUGCUCCUCAUGCAUGUGAGUCAUGUGUUUCAAGGGCAGACCCACUGUUUCACGGAGGGAAGAAUUCCUACAAAUGCAAGGAAUGCGGGAAAGGAUUUGUCAAGAAUCGCUUCCUUCUUCGACAUCAGCGGAUUCACACUAGAGUAAAACUCUAUAAAUGCAGAAAAUGUAGGAAGACGUUUCUCAAGAAAGCAGACCUCACUCUACACUGCAGCUUUCACACUAGGGAGAAAGUCUAUGAGUGCAGUGAGUGUAGGAGAGCCUUCAGCCGCAAGUCUCACCUCACGGAGCACCAGCGGAUUCACACUGGAGAAAAGCCUUUCAUGUGCGCCGAGUGUGGCAAAGCCUUCAGCCGCAGGUCACACCUCACAGAGCACCAGCGGAGUCACACUGGAGAGAAGCCAUAUGUGUGCAGUGAGUGUGGAAAGGCCUUCGCCCACCACUCUGACUUCAUUCGGCAUAAUAGAACCCACACUGGGGAGAAACCCUUUGAGUGCAAAGAGUGUGGGAAAGCCUUCCGUGAAAGCUCUUCUGUAACUCGCCACAUGAGGUGCCACUCCAGGGAAAAGCCCUAUGAGUGCAGUGAGUGUGGAAAAACCUACAGCUACAGCUCAACCCUCACCACCCAUCAAAAGAGUCAUAGUGGCGUGAAACCCUACACGUGUAUGAGAUGUGGCAAAGCCUUUUACAAGAAGGCUGGGCUCAGUCAGCAUCAGAGAACUCAUAUCGGGAAGAGUUCUUUAAAGUAACUAUUGUGGUGAAUAGUUUGGCCAGAGGAAAAAUGUUCUUUGGCAUCUGAGACUAUGUACCCAAGUAACCCCCUGUGUCCCCGCAUGUGCUCAGUUUUGCUGUGAUUGUGUGUUACCUUUAGCUGUAGCUGAGCCCUUUCACUGUGGAGAUCAUGUCCCAAGACAUGACUUGGUUCUCAGCAGAAGGAUUUUCUUUCUACACCUCAAAGCUCCUUGUUACAUGGCCCACGAAGAGACCUGGAACUCAGUUUGUCCCAACACAGGAGUUCGUGCAUCCCCAUGGAUGAAGGACCUCUUUCCCUAAUGGCCUGUGUCACCCCAUCUAAUUUUCUGUGUAUAGAGGGGUCCACUGUGUUCUUGCUGGUUUGAUGGGCAGGAGUCGUGAGAACCGCAUCUUUCAUCCCUGUUGCUCCAUGCAGUGUCCUGGGUUAUGGAGAUACAUGGGUGACUGGGACAUGAGUCUUGUGACUCAUGCCCAGAAUGGGAAACAGACAUGGCACACAGGUGAGGUAUGCCAGUGUUGUUGCUGUGAUAGUAACAUGCCUGCAGUCCCCAUUCAGCAUAAUGAAGAACAAGGUCAAAACUUUGGCAUGGAGGCCAGAUGUGAUCAGGAGGAGUCGUCCAGUGGCUGCGAGCUUGGACUCUGGGGACAGUUGGGAUGCCAACAUUCCUGAGCUGUGCCUAUCACCAUCUGGAUGACCUUAGUCAUGUCACUUCUGCACAAGUCUGUCUGCAUGUCUGUGAAAGUAGAAAGAUGUCUGUUAAACUGUAAUGCAUGGGAAGAGGAACAGAAAGUAUACAGGGGUGAUAUGCAGACUGUGAGGUAUGGAAGAGCCUCAGCCAUGUUUGAAGAUGGAGAAGAGCACUCCUUGCAAAGGGAACAGCAUGCACCAAGAUCCUGAGGUAGGUCAGAGCCGGGACUGUCAGAGGAAACAGCUGAAGACCAGUGGGUCCAGAGGAAACAGGUGGUGGGCAGUGAGAUGGAGGGGCAGGGCAUCGUGAGAAAUGUGGAUCGUAUUGCAACUGCUCUGGGAGCUGAGGAAGAGACUCACAGCACAGCGGGAUGAUGUCAUUUGUCUCUAAGCCUCCCUUUGGCUGCUGUGUGGAGCACGGACUGAGGAGGAUAAAGAGCUGAUGUUGGAGAGAGGGAGGAGGCCACUACAGUCCAGGAGGACGUUGACAGUGGACUGGCCCAGGAUGGUGGCUUUGGAGAUGACCUGGGACACGUUAGGAGGCAGAGUUGAUGGGGCAUGUGCAUAGUUUGGAUGUUGGGGUGAGUCUCCGGGAAUGACUUUACCCCUUCAGUCCUGACAGAGCCCUCUGCAUCCAUAGGAACCGUGACCCAUGGCUUGACAGUGUGUUCCAGUUUCUUAGUCACAAGUUUCACAGUUCCCAGUUUCACAAGUGUGGUGAGUGAGGCUGAAGGGCCUUUUCUGGGAUACACAAAAGUCAGAAAGACUUCUUGUAGUUCAUCUUGGUAGUUUGGGCAGUUGAAUUUUCCAUGACCUUAUUUCUCUGGCCCAGGAAGGGUCCUGGCCCUGCUCAGAUUAUAUGACUUUAGGCAGGAGGGUGAGUAGAGCAGUGAUGAGAUUUCCAUCACUUGGGCCACCGUUCUCAGCUGUGCUACUUAGUGGUGCCCAUAACUCAGACCAACUCAGGGAACUUUUGGGUUCUUGGUUCUCUCCCUUGUAAACUUGGAGUUGAAUUAACCAUUGGAACCGUCAUUAUUUAUGAAACAAAUGUGUUGACCAACAUGCCUCACCAGGUUGUUGUGCAGGUUAAAGAAUAGUGUUGUAAAGAGACUGUCAUACGGCUGGCUAUGUGGAUGCGCUUAAAAGUUGGCUGCUGUUACUCACAAGUUACCUCUCCAUGCCAUUCUCUUCUUUCCUCACCAGGAGAUGCACUGCUGGUAAUUUCCUGAUGGCUUUUCAGCAGGUUUUAGUUCUUAAGAAGCUUGACCAUGGGCUCUAGUGACAUUCAGCAGAAGGUCUUGGUUCUCCAUCCGCCAAAUUUCUAUUUCUCUAAAUAGAAAUUCAAAACCUGCCUUUAAAAAUCUCUUGUGAAGGGAAUUCUGAGCUGUCCAAAAGUACUGACUGCUAAUUUAAUUUAUCCCAUAUUUAUUUAAUGUUAUAGUUGAUAUACAUAAUUUGAGUUUAAAUAUGCACUCUUAUUUUUUGGAUUUUUUUGCAUCACUUGUUCUUUUUCUCCCCUCCUCCCCUCUAAAAUUUCUAUUAAUUACUUAGAGGUUUUCUUUAUUCUAGUUUGGAAAGCAUAUUCUCUAAUUGUGUUUGUUAUUGUUUAAGAUUUAUAAGCACUUAUUAAAAACAGUAGAGCACAGAAUUAUAAGUACUUUUUCUUCUUCGCUACUAAGUAAGACACUUACCAGUAUAUCUGUAUCUCAGUCUAUGUGUUGAGACCUUGUAUGUUAAUUUCAUCAUUCUAACUCCACAAGGAAACAUCAUUCAUGUUUAAUACAGAUUAUGAGCAGUUGCAUCCGUCUACGCAGGCAUUUACCCUCUUGGAUCUUCAUUGUUUCUAUCAUUGCAGGUCUUCCAUCUGAGAUCAGUUUCCAAAUCCUUAAAUAUAAACUUUAGGAUUUCAUUUUAUGUGUAUUAAUUUUCUAUUAAAUUUCCCAUA